AUGGAUAGUCCAAUGGAAAAAUUUAUUCAAAUUUAUUUAACUUUAAUUCGUGAUAAUGAUGAAAGUGUUGAAACAAGCAAACUUAGUGAAAGUUGUAGAAGAGAAAAACUUGAUAUGAAACAAGACUGGAUUGCACUUUUUGAUGUAGACAAAGAUCAGAAAAUCACAUUUGAAGAAUUUUGUCGAGGAUUAGGAUUGAAACAGAAUGAAAUGCGCAUUGAACGAAACCACAUUAAAACUGUACAAUCAGGUAGAGAACCAGAUUUGCCAGAAGGAGUAAAAAUUAUCUCUUCAACAAUGCCGAAACCAAAACAAGUUGAAGUAACACUAUUAUAUAAAGAUAUAUUUGAUGGAGUUAAAAAAGAUCCUGAUAUGAAUAAAGUUGUAAAAACAUUCAAAAGUGAAUUAGAAAGACGUUAUGGACGUGUAUGGCAAGUCAAUGCUGUGACUCACUCAUACUGGGCAAGUUUCUCACAUGAACCGUUCCAAUCAAUUCAAUUCCAAUAUGAAAAUAAGAUCAUUCUUGCUUGGCGUACACCAAGUAAUUAA